UUAUUCUGUGCAAAGAAGCAGGAAAUGAGAAGCUGAGAAACACUAGAGCUAUGCUAAAGCUUGAUGUGAAGAUCGCGAACGCAGUUCAUGUUUCUCCAGCGAGGGAAACGUUUGGCGGGCUCUACCCUCUCUCAAACCUCGACCAGACCUUCCCGGUCGCGAUUGAGAUCGUGUUCGCCUUCAAUGGCCAAGGGAGAGGAAGGUGUUUCGCCGCAAUUGAGACAAUCAGAGAGUCACUGGCCAAGGCAUUGGUUGAGUUCUAUCCAUUCGCGGGCAGACUUGUCAUGGGGAUCGACGGGAGGAUGGCAAAGUGAGAUGCACUGGAGAAGGUGUCCCAUUCGUCGAAGCGACAUCGGAGGAUGACAUCACAGCACUGGGCGAUAUUAGCACCAUCAAUCCCGCCAUGCUGCGAAAACUCGUGAAGCACAGCGAUGGAGCCCCGACCAUAUUGGAAGUACCUUUGCUUUCGGUGCAGGUGACGACGUUCAAGUGUGGAGGGAUCGUCGUCGGCAUCGUUGUGAAUCACGUCCUUGUCGACGGGAAAGCCCUCACGGACUUCAUAGCUUGCUGGAACGACCUGGCUCAAGCCAAGCCACCAUCAGUUCUUCCCUUUCUUGAUCGAUCGGUGUUGUGCCCGAGGCAACCUCCGCGCAUCGAUCUCCCCCACCACGAGUAUGCUCCAAGAGACCGGCAGCAUGGACUCAUGGUCGACCCCGAAACCAAGCCCCUCGUUUACGAGAUCGUUCGCUUUCAAGCCACACACUCUCAUUCAGCUCAAGAAAGCGGCAAGAAUUGCAACCUGAAUGGCUCUUCCCUAGUCCCGACGACCUUCGAAAUCAUAUCAGCGCUCAUGUGGAUCUCGCGAACCAAAGCUCUCGGAAUUGGUCAUCACGAGACGACUAAGCUUCUCAUUGCAGGUUGACAGCCGCCCCAAGUUUGAUCCCCGCCGCCGAGUGGC